AUGGGGUUCAAGGCCCGCUUUCAUGAGUAUUUUCACUCUGAACUCCAGCCGGGUGAGCGGAAGCUGGUCCAGAAGAUUGACUUCUUUAUUCUGACCUUUUGCUGUUUGAGUUAUUUUACCAAUUAUCUCGAUCGGUCCAACCUUGCCAAUGCCUAUGUGUCGGGUAUGAAAGAAGACCUUGGCUUUGUUGGCGACCAGUAUAACCAAAUCAACACAUGCUUUACAAUUGGUUACAUCAUUGGGCAGAUACCCGCAAACCUGUCCCUUCACUAUGUCAAGCCACGCUACUUCUUCCCGUCCAUGAUGAUCAUCUGGGCAGGGUUGACAAUGGUGACAGCUUCAGUGCAAAAGCCCCAAUCCAUCAUGGCCAUUCGGUUCUUCCAGGGUAUCGCCGAGGCCACCACGUUUGUCGGCACCCACUACAUUCUCGGAUCGUGGUACACGGAGCGCGAGCUCGGUAAACGCAGUGGCAUCUUUACCGCCUCUGGUCUAGCUGGCACCAUGAUUGGCGGCUUCAUUCAGACGGGCAUCUACUCUUCGCUGCACGCCAAGAGCGGACUGACUGGUUGGCGUUGGCUCUUUAUCAUCGACGGCCUCAUCACCAUCCCAGUGGCCAUCUAUGGCUUUCUCUUCUUCCCAGACACACCGCAGACGACGACGGCGUUUUACCUCAGCGAGACGGAAAAGGCACUGGCCAUCUCGAGGGUUCCGAUUGUGGAAGAAAAGUCACCAAUCACGCUGGCUUUUGCAAAGAAAGUACUGACCUCUUGGUACUGGUGGGGAUUCGUUGGCCUGUGGAUCGUCGCCGGUGAGACGGAGAGCUUUUCGACCAACUCGCUCCUGUCGCUCUACAUGAAGAGUCACCCGACCAUUGACUAUACGGUAUCGCAACUCAACAACUAUCCGACAGGCGUGCCGGCUGUUGGCAUCGUGUCGACCUUGUUCUGGGCCACCCUGACGGACUUUUUGAACGGGAAACGGUACCUGGUCGGAUACUGGAUUAGUAUUACGGGAAUUGUUACAUCGGCCUUGAUCCUGUCAGCCUCGAAGAAUCCCACGAGCCCGGCAUCGACUUCGACCGUGUUUGGCGCGUACUACUGGGCCGGAUCGGUCUAUGCCUGCCAGGCGACCUUUUUUGCCUGGUGCAACGACGCCAUGAGAUAUCAAGACCCAGUGUACCGAGGCGUGGUCCUCGCCGGUAUGAACCUGGGUUCCAAUGUGUUCAACGCCUGGUGGUCUCUCGUCUUCUACGGCGCGUCCACGGCCCCGUGGUUUACUCGAGGUAUGUGGGCCAUGAUUGCUUGCUCAAUCGCCUUGGCUAUAUGGUGUGCCGGUCUGUCUUACCUGACUCGGCGCGAGGGUAAGCGGCGCGUGGUAGAAGAGCAUAUCGUGGAGCAGGGACACGCCGAAUCGGACCGUGACACCAAGAUGCCUGCCGAGCUGGCUUAG